GGUGCUUUGCGCGCAAAACCAAAACAAAUGAAAAUACGUCCCAUGUAACAAUGAAGAGUAUUAUUAGUCUCAUUUUUAGAAGUUAUGGCAUUAGUUUUAUUUAUGUGAUAUUAGUUUAUACUUCAUCAGCACUUAGUUCACCCCCAUGCGGUCUCUAUGGAGCACCACCAUGUCAAUUUUUGCCAGCACCUCCGGGUCACACGCCCUCAUGUGCCAGACCGGGAAAAACAUAUUGCGAACAUGUCGACAAUUAUCCAACAUAUCUCAUCAAGCAUCUCGUACACAAAUGGGGCUUCGAAGCCAAAAAUCUGCUCGUAGAUGAGACAUGGGAUGAUUUUGCAUCAGUGGCGUGGCAUGAGACUCCAGUUUUCUAUGAUCCCGCAUACAUAUUCCCGCAACGACAUUACAAUGGUAACGCUAAUGACUUCAGCGGCUAUAAAUAUAUAACACCACCACUGGGUGGUGUUGGCGGCGGUAAAUAUAGUGACGACUCUUACCGGUCUUAUUCUAAGCAGCCAACAACUGAACAACCAACCUUUCUCUUCUACGGCACUAGUGGUUCACGUUUGAAUUUGAAUAAAAAUCAAGUGAAUCCAUUUCAUGGCAAUCUAAAAAGUACGCCAAAUAAUCCGACUUAUUGGCUGAAGCGCAUUGUGCGUGACAUCAGUCAUGGUUACACUAGUGCUGCAGAGAGCAAUCCUCUAACGGCUGCAGAUAAAACGAAAGCAAACAACACGAAAGACACUGAAACUGAAGGUGAAAAGCCUACCACAUCUCGAGAUGUUUCUCUCAAUAUGGAUCUCUUGGACAUUGUCGGCGUGAACAAGGAAGACAGUAAUUCACGUUCUAAACGUCAAAGUCCUGGUCGCUCAACUCUCUGUCAGACCACUUCACAAUUCAUCACUCCACAGGCCGCUCUAAAUAGCAAAGGAAACUGGAUGUUUGUGGUAAAUGAGGCCAACACUGCGCGUCAAAUGGUCAAAGCGGAAUUAUGCGCCUCGAACACCUGCUCCAAUCUCUGUCAACUGCCCAACGGCUACAAUUCCAGAUGCGAGCAGAAAUUCGUGCAGAAACGCUUAAUUGCGUUGCAGGGCAACGGUCAGAACCUCUACACGGACACUUUCUGGUUUCCCAGUUGCUGCGUCUGUACAAUAUCGGCAAAUUGAUUCCAAUUCAACGCAAAUAAAUCGCUUCAAUCAACUGCAAAACAAAGGCGACGGAAAACAAUAAAAUUACAGAUACAUUCAGCAAAAUGCAGAAAAGUUCAGAUAAACGCAAAAAAAAAAAUCAUUUCUACUGGUUCUUGUAAAUUUUUUCCAUUC